ACUCGCAGCCAGGGACACCCAGUCAAGGAACCUUGCACACAGGGGCUCGGCUGUUUGUAUGGCCAUAAUGGACAACAGCUAACGGCCAACUGGUAAUGCGCUGUUGACGGAGAAACGCCACCAGACUGUCAAAUAUCAUCGGAUAUCACCGAGUCAACACAGCCCGACAUUUAGUUCCUGUUUUGUGAUUGUGGGGUCUGCGGGUCUGUAGACAGCUAUGGGUGGGCUGGGAAACGGACGUCGUGGAGGAAGAUCACCCCCUCUAAUGAUUGGAGCCCUGAUUGCCUGUAUCCUGGUUCUGGGCUUUAACUACUGGGUGUCCAGCUCCCGCAACCUGGAGCUACAGACUAAGCUCUAUGAGUUGGAGGGCCAGGUGCGCCGUGGAGCAGCGGAGCGAGGAGUAGCAGAGAUGAAGAAGAAUGAGUUCCAGGACGAGAUCCAGAGACAGAAGGAGCAGAUCAGUCACAUAGAAAGCCUCUACAAGAGACAGCUGGAAGGAGCUCAGAACACCUGCAGCCAAGAGAAGGGCACACUGCAGCAGAAUAUUUCCUCCAGUACCAAAACCAUACAGGAACUCAAAGGUCAGUUGAAUCAGCUAAGCGAUGACCUCGGGAAGCUUCAAAAGGAGCUGCAGAGUUGCCAAGGCAACAUCAACACCCUUAACAACAAACUCACUUAUGACAUGACACACUGUCACUCCCAGGUCCUGUCUCAGAAGGAGCUGUGUGAUGAGAGAGUGGCAGCUGCUAAACUUGAAGUUCAGAAGAAAAUGGAGAAGCUCGUCCUUCCCUCUGGUGUCUCUACACAGCAGGAAAAUGCAGUAAAAGAGGGACAAGAAAUGACUGGGCUUGACGCAGUGAAGACAGCAACUGCUGAGAGUCACACACCAAGCAUCUCUCAGCCCAAAGGAAAUGAAACACCUGAACUACUGACCAAUGAGAUCAUAGUGGACAAAGGUCCGGAUGACCCAGCGGACCUUCUUCCUGCAAAGGGUCCCUCACAAAAAGAGUCCCAGUCUGUUCCCUCAGCUACUGCAAUCAAACAGGAAGUUGUGCUACCACUAGAGGGAGCUGAUAAAACAGAGGAGGGUGAGACAGAGACAGAGACCAGUAAACUUUUGACGAAGAAUCUGACUGAGGAUAAAGAGACAGAGGUGAUGGAUGCCCAUGAAGAGGGCACUCAGACAGAAGAAGCAGACCCCAGGAUGGAAGGCAUGCUGAUUGGCCAGGGGAAGGCAGUUGAGACUACUACUGGUCAGAAACUUGAUGAGCCAGAAGAUUACGACGCAGACGAACAAGUAGUGGGCGGAGUCGAUUUGGACAAACAGCAACAGAGCAAACGGGUUGAAAAUAUAGAUAAGGACAUGGAGGAGGAGCUGGCUGACUAUAAUGGAGAUGAUGAGAACGAAGGCGAGUUUGAAGCAGACAAACAAGCUGAGCUCGCUCAAAUUUAAGUGCUGAAGUUGAAGAAGGAUCCCCGCGUAGCACAUUAGGAACAAGGACCUGCUUUACACUUCAACACAACAGCCCUGUCGUACAGGUUAAAACAGCCCUUCAAACUCACAUAAAACAAAGCCAAACUGAAUUUAUCUUUAUGGAAGAGCUGUGGUUUAUUCCAUUUGCUCCCUGGGAUAUCUUUUACUUUUCAUCUUGAUUGGAAGUUAUACAUUUGGUUUUAUUACAUGAAGUCAAAUAUUUUAUAAGUUGGGAUCUUUUAAGUGUUCUGUAUUGAAGUAAGAAUAGUUACAACUUCAUAAAGAAUUCACAAUAUUCUCAAAGAGCCACAAAAAAAGACUGUAAUAUGCAAAUGUCUGCCAAGCAUGUACACACGUGCUUUUUCUCUUUUCACAAACAUGUGUUUCACUGCACCCAUAAACCCCCUGAAAUGCUGUUAUUCUGGUGACUGUGCUCAAAUUCAUUUCAGUAGGUGUUAAUCAAUAGGUGAUCAUGAAAGUGCUCGCUACUUCUAUAGUGCUUUCAUUCCACCUUCUUAGUUUUUUGUACUCUUUGAGGAAUGGCAAACGCAACUUAAGACAUCUCAAGACACCAGUUGGAUUGAAAAUGUUACAUCUCAACAUGCCUGGAAAUCUCUAGAUUUUAUGUCGUUUGAUGUGUUGUUUAUGUUCACUCCGUAAUGACUGUAACUUAAAUGCAAUCUAAAGGAUGAUUAUGUGCAGACCCUUAUAGGGUUAUGAUCCCAGUGACAGAACUGCUCCAUCAGAGGGCUCUGCAGCUCAUGCCUCUUCUCUCACUGAGGUUCGACAGCAUCUUAAACACAGCCUUAAGUUAUUUCUGGACAGAGUCUCAUAGAAAGGAUGCUGAUUGUGGAUCUGUGGCCAGAACCUUCUGGUCUAUAAAAAGUGUGAGUGAGUGAGUGCAAAUGAAGAUUUGCAUAACAGCAACAAAUGAAGGAAAUAUGCUGAAAUGCUUGUUAAACUACGGAGUCCAGUUGUGUGAUUAUGAUGCUGAACCAAGUAAAAUGGAAAACGGCAACCUCUUUUGAGUCCCAUGUUGCCAAAAAGUGCUGUAAUAAGUAAGGCUGGCUGUGAGAAUUGCUGUAACUUUAUGAAAGACAUUUCCUCAAAGCACUUGCAAUCCAGUAGAUGUGAACUAUUCAGCAGCUGUGCUAAAAUCUAAAUCAGUCUGUUCAAUUUAAAACUGCACUAGACUGGAAAUUGUAUGGAUGAGCUCAAACAAACUAAUAUUAGGCAUCAGAAAUAACAAAAAAAGUGUUAAUUUGUGGCAAGAUAUUUCGUUGCCUUGUGUUUUAUACAGUCUGUACAGGACGGAUGAUUUAUAUUAUUUUCCAGGUAUGCUGCUAUAUGUAGAAGUGGUGAAUUGGACUUUUCAUUGGACUAGGUUGUGGUCAUGAUUUCCAUGAAGCUUCAGCUUCUAAUCAGCAGUCCAAUAUUACACAAUGUAGUCAAAAGUUAUCUUUGUAGAGUGCUGUUAUUUGACUAACUGAAAUAUCCUCUGUGUGAUUAAAUACAAUAGGUGCUUAAAACACAAAGGGUGUGUCAUACUGUGUAAACAGUUCAGUUCUUGGCUGUUACUAAGACAGGUGUGCAAGAGAGAAGUUAAAUUUGAUUAUGUACAAACCUGUUUUCCCGCCUCUUCAACCCCAAUGUUGAACGCUUAGCUGCCUCCAUAUCCAUCAUGAAAUCCCACAUGACCUGUUUUAUAUUUUAGUCACUAUCUUGAGGUUUUUUCAACAUAUGUUGCAUUUUAGCAAAAUGUGUCUAAAAUAAUAAAAUGCUGAAGACAUUUAGAAAUGUUCCUUUCAUGUAAAGACGCAGCCAUAAAAAAAAAUAAAAAAAAUCUUGGGUUUGAAAAUGUCUCUCAACAUAAUGACAUACAGUAACCUCAGCGAUGCUGCACAUAAAGAAUAUACAGUACAGUGUGUAUUUUUAUUUAAGUUAAGAGAAUCAAGAGGAGCAUUAUUAGCAUCACACUAUACAGGUGUCAUCAAAACUUUAUCAUGCUUUUUUGAGAACAUUUUUUACAACUUUUAAUUUUCCAUCAAAAUGUAAAAUGAGAUGCUACACUGUAGACCAUGAUUUCAUAUUCUUUUCCUUGUAAGACCAGCAUGUUGUUUCAUGUCUUGGAAACUCAGAACUUGACUGGGAUUUAAAAUAAGUUUUUUUGUUUUUUGGGGGGGUUUACAAAAUGCUUUGGUUGUUAUAAUGGACAUGCAGGAGAGUUUGUGAGGUAUUAUCUUUCGCUUGCCGUGCCCUGACAGCUCAGAGUCAACAUCAGCACUCCUGUUUACAGUAGGGAACAUGGAUUCUCACUUUAUGUCUGCCUUUUUGUUUGUUGUCUGUAGAUCUUGCAGGAGGCGUUCUGAGAUGGGAUUUUUUCUGUUAUGUCAUUUUGUUUUCAGAGUUGCUGUUAGUUAUUGUGGGUUACUGUGUCUGACACCUCAAAGUGUGGACAACCUCUGCUUUGUUUGGUCAGAAAGCUUUGUUUGCCUAAUUAUGUAAAAAGUAUCUGUACCUGGAGAGAAAAUGUUUUAUGAUUUUAUAAAUUGGAUGAAUGUUUUUUGUUGUUGAUUUUUAUUUUAUUUCAUUCUGAACUGCUGAACAAAUUUGAAAGGUUUAAAUAAAUAGGCUUUAUUGAUGAUAGAAAAUAAAGAUUGUUUUUAUUACCACUA